CCCCCCCCCCCCGCCCGCCUUGCACGCUUGCUGCCACAGAAACACGAGUGCAAGGACGACAGCCACACCCUCCUCGCAGCCUACGCUCCGACCCGCUCGUCCUCUCAACCAUCAUCGCCAUCCACUCCUCGCAGCAGGGCCACCAUCCUCAACUCUCCUCAAACAACGGCCCAGCUCCCCAGCCGCUCUCCACCAGCUGACCAGCCUUACCACAGCAGCUCGACACACCACCAGGCCCACGCAGCAUCUCACACACCUUGCCUUUAACCUUCGCCUUUGACCCUGUAAGCCUCCACUUGGUCCUCAGUGUCCUUAACCUUCCUGUAUCAGGCUUCACCCAGAAUAUCACCUUUGUUGCCUGCACCACUGCGCCAAACCAGAGGGCUCUCGCUUUGGCCUGUCCGCCUGCUUGCCGCCUCGGCUUGUGAACGGUGCAGAUGAGACUGCUCAGCCAGCAAUAAACAGUGAGAGAGGAAAGUCAAGCCGAGACUGGCGACUUAAUUGUUAGACCAAGUCGUCUCCUGGAUAUAAUCACUUUGUCAGUGGUUGUCUAAUAAGGAAAAUAAUCCAUUAACCUCCCCAGCGAAACAUCGUGCUGUAACAUUUCGCUUUGGACAAGGAGCCGUCUCAAUCAAUAGGAACUUUUCUUUUUUGAAUGCUUCAUUUCAACUUGACACACAAGUAUCACAGACUUUAACUGCACCCACAAGUCGACAAAAAAAAGACCUUAAAGUUGUGGAUUAAAACACUAGAGGUACCUUAUUCACGCUUUAACCGAUCUCCUCUCGCGUGUUGCCAUGGCAAUGAACAUGGCCCAUAUCCGUGACACAAAGUGGCUGACACUGGAAGUAUGUAGGGAGUUCCAGAGGGGCACGUGCUCCCGCUCUGACCAGGAGUGCAAGUUCGCUCAUCCCGCCAAGAGCUGUCAGGUGGACAACGGACGGGUCAUUGCUUGCUUCGACUCACUCAAGGGCCGUUGCUCCAGGGAGAACUGCAAGUAUCUGCACCCUCCUCCCCACCUAAAGACCCAGCUGGAGAUCAAUGGCAGGAACAACCUGAUCCAGCAGAAGAACAUGGCCAUGCUGGCACAGCAGAUGCAGCUCAAUGCCAUGAUGCCCGGCACACAGCUACCACCUAUGGUGAGAGGACACACAAGUAUGAACACAGCACAGCUACUGCACACGCCCAUGUUCUCGAUGGCGCCAGGCCUGGCCACCAAUGCCAGUGCAGCAGCAGCAGUCGCAGCCGCGGCCUUUAAUCCCUACCUGAGCCCUGUGUCACCAGGCCUGAUGCAGCAAGAGAUCCUACCCAGCAGCCCUGUCCUCAUGGCCUCAAACCCCAACGUCGGCCAAGUUCCCAACGCUGCCGCUGCUGCUGCCCAGAAACUGCUGAGAACAGACAGACUUGAGGUGUGUCGGGAGUACCAGAGGGGCAACUGCUCCCGGGGCGAGGACGACUGCCGCUUCGCCCACCCCGCCGACAGCACCAUGAUCGACACCAACGACAACACCGUCACCGUGUGCAUGGACUACAUCAAGGGCCGCUGCUCCCGGGAAAAGUGCAAGUACUUUCACCCGCCAGCCCACCUGCAGGCCAAAAUCAAGGCGACGCAGCACCAGGUGAACCAGGCCACAGCCGCCGCAGCCAUGGUGAGCAGUCUGUACGAGCGCGGGCACGCACUCUUUCACACCCCCACAACAACCAUGUACUCAGGCAUCGGCCCUAAUGUCAUGGCUCCCAUGCCUAAGCGGGCAGCUAUGGAGAAGGCCAACGGGGCCUCCGCCAUGUUUAACACUGGCAUGCUCCAGUACCAGCAGGCACUGGCCAACAUGCAGUUUCAGCAGCAGGCUGCUUUCCUCCCAUCAGGCUCAAUAUUGUGCAUGACACCUUCAGGCGGCGUUGUUCCCAUGAUGCACGGUGGUAAUCCAGCCGGUGUGUCUGCAGGCAACGCAUCUGCCACAGGCGGUCCAUUUGGAAAUGCCUCCGCCAAUCAGGACUCUUCCUUAUCAAAGUUGACUACCAACGAAUACAUGCAAUUGAUUCCAAUAAUAUCUGCAGAUCAUCUGAGUAGUCACAAGUACUUGACUCAAAUGUAGUUCCUCUCAAGAACAAUCAAAUGAAUGUGUGCUGGCACCGUCCAAGCAAAAAGAGUUCAGCCUUUAUGUACAUAACCUUCAGAAUGUCAAAGCAAUGGGAUGAGGAGGGUCUGCCAUCUCUUAGCCGUUCCACAAAGCUGGUCUCAUCACACACGUAAACAUCAAGGGUGCAACACACGAUCUGUGCCAUGUUCCCACAUAUCAAUGUCAAGAAGAAUUUGUUGUCAAAUUCUAACGUCCAGCCGAGAGAAGAGGAUGUUCUUGGUGCCGGGGUCAGUGCGACUCCCCUCAGCGGGAAGCGUUCACAUUACACCUUUGUGUCUGACUCAAUCAUAGCACUCAAUUUGUUCUUAUCGUUAACAUUACUGCACGCACAGAAGGUCAAGAGCGUGGUUGCAUGAAGCAACAUCCAGUGCUGGUACGUUAGUAGACCAAGAUUUAUCUUUCCUUUUUUUAUUUGUUCUGCUUUAUUUUGAUUUCUUUGUUUAAUCGAUAGCCAUAUUUCAUAGUUUACAAGUGAAACGCAAACAUGCACCUUGAAUUUCAAUUGAAAUCUGAAUGGCACAAUGAUUUUAACAGGAAUUGUUUUUCUCGCCAAAAGAAUUAGGCAUGUACAGUAUUGUGUUUUUACGGCUACUAGUGAAACUAGAUGUUGAAAUGAGGGUCUUGGACAUAUGAAUGUUCUGGGUAAACCAACAUACCUGUGUACCUUGAAAGCACAGCCAGGCUAGCUUUGUUCUCACCUUGUCAUGUGCCAUCAUGGCCAUACAGCUAAAACCAGAGUGUUAUCUCAGCAGUGUUAUAUGUUUACCGAAGGUAAAAGUUUUAUAUGGCUCUUUUUUUGUAUUGUUUUCAUUUUUUAAUCUAAUUAAUCAGUUUUAGAAGUGGGGUUUUGCCAUUUUCUUGUUUUUGAAAUUUAAAAUUGAGGGGGUUUCUAAAGUUUAUCAUACCUCUUUUCUAGUACUAGUGUUAUUUUAUUUUUUUCAAUUUUAUUGGGAUAAAGCUGUUGCUCAAGUCCAUUGACUCUAAAGCCUGGUGAAGUAGAGGGUGUAGCUUCAGUUGACAUCGUGUUACCUUGUCCCUGCUCUUUAAAAGAGAGGCGACUCUGAAACUAUGUCUCCCAAGAAGCACUGUUGAGCCAUGUGUAGAUAGGAAUUUAAAACAACAGACCCAAAGGUCUAUCGGUCAUUUUAACCACAUGUGCACUUGAACAACUGUUUGUCGGAUCACCCUGUUUUCAUUUCUCACCCCAUUUUAAGCCCACUUUCAUUUUUUGAAGAAAUACAAAACAUCAUAUGACUCUGAAUUGUAUUUCAGGCAAAACAUGAAGGUAGUCAUUUACUUGUAGAUCUGACUAUGGAUACCAAAGCACAGUUUUUCUUCAUAAUCGUAUUCACAAAGGUUUAUAGAAGCAUCUCUUCUGAGGCUCCAACAAUUAAGGAAACAUGUUUAUCAUCUAGUCAGUUUUUUAUGAUCACUUCCUGUUCUGUUUUCACAGAGGUGUGUAGUGUGUCUUUACCGAUUGUAAUGUACCUAACAAGGCCUUAGAUUACAAUUAAUGGGUCCCGACCCAAUCAAAUGUACUUUCAAUCACCAUGCAGGUAAAGAACACCAAUGACGUUUUAAGGUUCUCUCACGUGCCGCUUACGAUCUUUUUUUUUGUUCCUUCUCUUUAUGUAAAAGUAACAAUUACUCUCUUAAAUUUCAUUGAACUUAUGUGUUAUGUACUACUUAAGGAUUUGAAUCUAUUUGAGGUAUGUAGUUGUAGAUUUUUUUGUUGUUUUUUUUUUGCCUUACUAUAUAUUACUUGACAACAUUGAUAUAGCCGUUGUAGAUUUUGAGGUAGUAUGACAUUCAUAACUUUUUCAAACCAUAUAAAUGAUAAUGUGUUGAGUCAGUUUUAAAUAUUCACUUCAUUCAUAUAGCUGGACGUCUUUUUCAGUUGAUGUUACAUUAUCACUUAAUUUUGUUGAUGAAAGACUUUUUUUGAUACAAGGAAUGAGAUCAGUUAAUUUGCUGCCACUGCAGCAUCAGAAAAACUAAUGUUUGAACCUUAAAUUUUCCUUGUAAAAUGUCAAGAUCACAUUUGAAAAUAUAUUGUAUUGAGAUAUAGAUUGUCCAUGUUUAAGAGUACAAAUUAUUUUCUACUGUAUCCAUUUCAAAAAGAUAUGUACUUUUGUUGGAAUAUUUCUUAAGUUUGCCCUGAAUGUCAGGCCAAAACGAGCAGUGAAUUUGACGGGUGUCUGGAUGUUGGGUCGAUAGUGAGAUUAGGAGCGAGAGAGAAACAGACUUUUCCGGACUGGAGGAGUCACGAAAUGCUGCAGACGAUGAGUUCUAACCUAAGGGACGAAGGUUGACUUUUUGCACUUCUGUAUAUAGUCAAAUGAACAGAGAAAAAAAUGUGUAUCAUAUUGAGAUAUUAUUUUGAAUAAAAAAAAUAUCUAUAAUUAUAAGGAAUUUUGUUAGAUUAAUUUAAAUUCUUAAAUUAGAAGACCAGCUAAAAAAAACGCUUGCGAAGAAGGACUAGUUUCUUGGCCAAAUGCAUUCAGAGAAAGCUAUGCGCUUUUUGUCUUAUUUUAUCGGUGGCUAGAAUUGCCAGGGAAUGUUGUCGGGGAGUAGACAUCCCCAUGUCAUGCAGACUCCACCCCCUCAUCGGAUAACGCAUCCAACUAUGUCCUUGUAUCAUUUGUUGGACUUGGUCAUGCAGUAUUGCUGCUCCCAUGGUAUAGUUGACACAUACAACUAUCAGAGAUUUGUAUUCUAUUAUAGUUUGAUUUGAAUGCAUGUAAAAGUACAAACAUUUAAACUAAAGCAGCUGCAUAGUUACAGUAUGUAAGGGAAAAUAACCCAUUCAGAAUACACAGUAAUGUUUAUUUACAGUAGAUAACAUCCACAGGGGCGAGAAAUAAUACUACAAAAACAAGUCAUCUUACUCUUGUGUGAUGAAAUAUUUUUCCAAGUAAACAUGUUAUUUAAAGAAUGAUAAAAUAUUAGCACUCAUCCACCCCAAAUACUUUCUCAUAGCCAUAUAAUUACACCGACUCUGUGCACUCAGCAGGUGAAGGCUCACCACACCAAAUGCAUAUUUGGCCAAUUAGUUUUUCAGAUGAAUGUAAGAGUCACCAGUCAGCACCGAGCAUGUUUCUAGUGUUGGCUGCUGCGUCGGCACCAAAGAACCAAAGCACCGUUUUCUCCAAAUCCGAUGUUCGGCCUCCUGGCUCGAACAGAGGUUUCUCUUCCCUGCUGGGGGCACAUGUACGCUUUGACUGCUUUUUACUUGUAAGUGCAACCAUCAAUUAUGUAUUUGCUAACAACUGCAACACAAUAAUGUAAUAUUCUGUCUUCAGAUUUGUUUAUGCACAUUUUAUUGUUGCCAUAAUUGACUCUUGCUGUAUGGAUGAAAAAAAAAAUCUGAAUAAAACAAUAUUUGAUUUGCUCAUGCAA